GUAAGGAAGCAGCACAUUUAGAAUCAGCAAAGGCAGAGAAGACAUCAUGGCUGAAUUCACGGGAGGAGAGGUUUACCAGGCAGAAUUUGACCCCAAAGCCUACCUGGAAUACUUCAAGUUUGGAGAAUGUGCCAUUGGGGAUGAAGUGGUGACAAUUGCACUCAAAAACUUUUGCAAAGCCUUUUCUUCAGGGCUCCUGAAAGGCGACACCCUGAUCGAUAUAGGCAGCGGCCCCACCAUUUACCAACUCCUCUCUGCCUGCGAGUCCUUUACGACCAUCAUCGCCUCAGAUUACAUCGAACAGAACUGCCAGGAACUGCAGAAAUGGCUGAAGAACGAACCAGGGGCUUUUGACUGGGCCCCGGUGGUGAAGUACGUGUGUGAACUGGAGGGAAACAGGGACAAGUGGGCAGAGAAAGAGGCCAAGCUCAGAAAAGCCGUCAAGCAGGUUUUAAAAUGCGACAUCCAUCAAAGCAACCCGAUGGAUCCCCUCACUUUGCCCCCGGCUGACUGCGUUCUCUCGGUGGAAUGCCUUGAAGGUGCCUGCAAAGAUAAGAACAGCUUCAGGGCUGCUCUGAGGAAUAUGAGCUCUCUGUUGAAGAUCAGUGGACACUUGGUGCUUGCUGGAGUCUUGGGGUGCAAUUUCUACAUGGUUGGCUCCCGUAGGUUCUCCAGCUUGAACCUGACCGAGGAAUUCAUGCGGGAAGCCAUCUGUGCAAAUGGGUUUGCUCUCGUCGAGUUCAAGGUGCAACCCAGGGUUUCCAUGGAGAUGUCCGAGUUAAGUGAUUUCGCUGCGACCUACUUCAUCAUUGCACGCAAAGAGAAGGAGGCAUAACACAAUGAAACAGUAAACUGAGAGCCAGUGUGGUGUAGUGGCUAAAGUGUUGGACUGGAAGUCUGGAGAUCCGGGUUCUAGUCCCCACUCAGCGAUGGAAACCCACUGGGUGACAUUGGGCCAGUCACAGACUCUCAGCCCAACCUACCUCACAGGGUUGUUGUUGUGAGGAUAAAAUGGAAAGGAGGAGGA